AUGGCGGGCGGACCCAUCGUGAGCACACAACAUCCCGACCUUGACGACACGCCGACGGAGGGCUCGCGCACCUAUGCUAUCGUCGUCUGCGUCUUCACCGCGCUCGGUCGUAUGUUCUUUGGCUACGACCAGGGCGUGACGUCCUCCAUGCUCAUCAUGGAUUCGUUCCUGUACGACUACUGCGUCGGCUGGCACAACUUUACGUACGAACAGUGCACACGCUCCACGUCCGAUCUCCCCAGUGAAUGGACCACCUUCACGGUCUGGUACAACAUGGCAUACAACCUGGGCUGUCUCGUGGGCGCCUUCAUCGGUGGCUUCGUGGCCGACAAGCUAGGUCGCCGCGCUACCAUCUUCUGCGCCGGUCUGCUCUUCUGUGGGGGCACGUGCUGGGUCUGUUUCAACAAGGCACAGGCACACACGCUCAUGUACAUUGCUCGCAUUAUUCAGGGCUUCGGUGUCGGCAACUCGUCCUUCUCGCUACCACUCUUCGGCGCCGAGAUGGCUCCCAAGGAGCUACGCGGUAUGCUUUCGGGCUUCAUGCAGAUGACUGUGGUCAUCGGUCUCUUGCUCGCUAACGUCGUCAACAUCAUUGUAUACAACCACGACCGUGGCUGGCGGACAACCAACGGCAUCUCGAUGGCGCCGCCGAUUGUGGUGCUGCUGGGCAUCUGGUUCGUGCCGGAGAGUCCACGUUGGACCUACAAACACAAGGGGAAGGAGGCGGCCGAGCAGAUCCUCAAGCGUCUACGUCAGACUGACAAUGUGGGCCAUGAGUUGGAAGUGAUUGGUGACCAAAUUGCAGAGGAAGAGGCGGAAGGUAAAGGUUGGUUGGAGAUCUUGGAGCCGAGCGUGCGUAAGCGCGUGAUCAUCGCUAUGGUACUGCAGGUGCUGCAGCAGGCAACAGGUAUCAACCCCAUUAUGAGUUAUGGUGCGCUGAUCUUCCAAGACAUCACGAAAUCGGGUCGAUACUCGGCACUCUUCAUUUCGGGCGUCAACUUCCUCAGCACCAUCCCGGCCAUGCGUUGGGUGGACACUUACGGUCGUCGCACGAUGCUGCUGAUCGGUGGCGUGGGUAUGAUAAUCGGUCACCUCUGGGCCGCCAUUUUGCUCUCAGCUAUCUGUGACGGCAACGUCGACAACGCCGGGUGCCCGACGGUGGGAGGCUGGUUCAUCUGCAUCGGGUCGGCUUUCUUCGUCUUCAACUUCGCCAUAUCUUGGGGGCCCGUGUGCUGGAUCUACCAGGCCGAGAUCUUCCCACUCAACGUUCGCGCGUCGGGUGUGGCCUUGUCCACGGCAGCCAACUGGGCCAUGGGUGCUGUCAUGACAGAAGUCGUCAAGCUCUUCCCGUCGCUUAAUAUUGAUGGCGUGUUCUACCUGUUUGCAGGUCUGUGUCUGAUCUGUCUGGUCUUCGUGUAUUUCUUCUGUCCGGAGACCAAGGGCAUUAUGCUUGAGGAUAUCGAGGGGCUGUUCAACAAGAACAAGGCAACCAAAUCGCCCGAAUUCGUGGAGAUCAAGUCCAGGUCUAACCGCUUUUUGCACUGGUGA